AUGAUUUCUAACAACUCAACUACCCUCGAGCGAUCUCUUGCAUCAAUUGGAGCCGACCAUAACCUAACUUCUGCUCCAGUCGAUGCCAAGAAGAAACGAAAGAACCACAAAAAGCAUAAUCAAAAAAAUAAGGUUCCCACUGCUACCAAUGCGUCUGUCGGAUUCGCUGAUGAAACAGAUGACGGCUGGAUGCCAGUUGUCUCCAAGAAGACCAAAAUCAACGCUCUUAAAGAAGCGUCGUCCGCUAAUCCCAUAACUCAGUCUGAGAAAACAUCGCCCCCUCCAGUUGAAUCUAAGUCCCCCGAUGUCGCUCAAGUGAACAAACGACGACGUUCAAACAAACCCAAAUCAACUAAAGAUCCGCGGGACGCACCAGAGGAAAAAGGCCCUGAUGUGGCUAUUACAGAGCCACAAAUUCAGAACCACGUUGAAGUGCGAACUCCAAAACAGCCUCAGCAGCGUCGUCAAAAGUCCAAUUCUAUAAACUCUGAUGACAAUACGCGAUUGAAUCAUUCAGAUGCGCUCACAUACGCUCACAAUCUUGAAUUACUCGUCUCUGAGGUGCUCGGUGGGGAGGCCAUUUUGAAAGCUCGAGCCGCCUUCCCCAAACUCUCUUUCCCUCGCCCUCCCCCUAACACGACAGUCAUCAGUGACCCUACUCAGAAUGUUCUUUUCUCAGACUUCAUACAGAUGAAAGCUCAUCUUCGAGCCAAAGAAGCGGAGUGUCAAGUUCUUCGGGACGAGGUGGUUCGUCUGCACUCCAAAAAUUCUCCAGCCGUUGCCAUGCCGACCGAAUCCUCCGUUCAGCCAUCCAAACCACACCAUAAACAGAAGCCCGUCUCGACGGCUUCAAAACACGUGCAAUGCGAUAUGGUGUCAGCCAACUCUGCUAAGGCAGAGGCGACAGCCACGCCGCCGCCGCCUGUUCAACAAACCACCCCCUCCAUGGACAGCCUGGUAAUCAAAACCCUGCAGGAGGAGAUCGCUCGUCUCGCCCAAGAAAACACCCUCUUAACCCAACGCCAGGCCAGGACAUUCAGCCUCACAGGCCCGCCAUCUGGCGUGUUUAUCGUGGAUCUCGGUGAAUGGUUCCGUUUUUCGCUAGUUCAAUUAGAAAAGCGCUCUGACGUAAACCUCGAGGGACGCCUUGAGACGAGCAAACGGCUCAACGCGAAGCUGCAGUCGGAGGCCCACAAGGCGGGCGCCGAGGCCGCCAAAAAGGCCGAAGCCACCGUUCGUCAGCAGAUGGACGACGUCAUCAAGAAAUUGAGGGCAGAACUAACCGAAACCAGCCAUCUCCUUCGUAGCAAGACUGCACAACUUGAGUUGACCGAACAGACUAAUGAGACCAACGCCCAAAAUCUCCAUCACAUUCAAGCUGAGUACAAUGAAGUCGUUGAAGCGAAUAAUGCUUUGAAGCAGGAGAUGGGUCUGGUGAACGUGCAGGCAGCGGACGCGCAGCGUCGUCUAGGCGAGAGUCUGCAGAUGCUUGCAAACUUGGAGAAGGAACACGAAGCGGUGUUGCAGCAACUCGCAAUCGCUCAGUCCUCGUUGCAGACGGAGGUCAAUUCUGGCGUCACACUGCGACACCGUCUCGCGGAGACUGAGGCUCAGUUGGAAGCCACCUGCAGUCAGUCUGAUCACCUCAAGGCUGAUCUCGUGAACACCCAGUGCCAGUUGACUUCCACGAAGCAGGCCCUUGCCGAACUUAAAGAAAAUUACGACCGCGAUCUGUCUGCCCUCACGACACGCGUAAAGGACCUCGAGGCAGAAAAGGAGGAGCUGCUGAAGGCACGUGAGCAAGAGGUGUCCCAAGCGCCACAACCUCAGUCUCCCGUCGAGACGCCGGAAGCCGAUGCUUCGUCGUCGUCCGGCUGCGCUGAAUGCGCCGUCCUCGCAGCGGAGGUCGAGCGCUUCACGAGCAUCCUGGCGGUCACUGAGGUCGCCCUCUCACAACUCCAGCUGUCUGUUGACCAAGAGGAAUCACGCUGGCGUUCUGCCCUUCAGGAGUCCUCCGCCGAAAAUGCUGCCUUGAAGUCCAAGAUCGACGCCUUGACCGCCGAACGCGACCAAGCCUUAGAGGAAUGUAAUGAGGUUAUUGAAAACGGGGACGCGUGCUCUGGCGAACACAACUUUUCACCAUCGAUUGUGGCAAACGGGGGCACAAGCAGCACCGUGGAGAAUCACAGCAUCGACAUCGCUUAA